GGCUCAUUAAUAUGGGUUAGUCAAAGCUUGUUUUGUACAUCAAUGGAGAGACAAUAUAUAUACAUAUAUAUAUAUAUAUAUACACACACAUAUAUUCAGUUUGAGUCCAGAAAUAUGCCCACCAAAGAAAACCCAAAUGUCAUUAUCUUAAAUGGUAACAUCGAUCACCACUGUAAUUAUCCUUACUUUUUCUGACAAUAAUUUCAACUUUCUUUCUAAUAAUUUUGGGAAUAUAUGUGCUCCAGAUUGCUCUAAUCUUGGAUUCUUUUUGUCACUUAAUUAACACUUUCACAUGGAUAACUAAGUUGGGGCUCUUCUAAUUUUCACUUUUCUUGGAACUUAGCUUCUUCUUUUUUUUUUUUUUUUUCUCUCUUUUGUUCCUAUAGUUUGAGUGUAAAGAAAAAAGCAUGUAUACAUUGGAGUUGCUUCUUGUUAAUGCUAUUUAUUUAUUUUUCUUGCUAAUCUUGGAUACACAACUUCCUACAAGGCACAUGGAGCACAGAUACACAUCUUUUUCUACUUUGCACUUAAGAUAUCCACCAUUAUAUUGUCCUUCUCUGUGGAAUUGAUGUGUUUUUAAUCAAAAAUGGAAACAAGAUUGAUGCUUGUUAACUACACUAAGAAUUGAAUACUAGUUCCAUAUUCAAUUGAAUUACUCCACUCCACUGUAACAAAGAGCAGACACAUGCGAUUAUAAUCUAGCAAAGCUUUAUUGUGGACACCCUUGAUAGCAUUUAGACAUAAAAUCAGCUUGAUUAAAAGAAUAUUACCCUUUUAAGCUUGAUAUCUUUAUCAAAUAAUGGUCUACGUGAACAGACACAUCGGAUCGAUUAAAGAUCAAGAAUUAGAUCCAAGCCAAUAAGCAAUGAAGAAUCAUGCUUGGCGUGUGCCCAAGAAAGAGGAUGAUGUUUCAAGCCCACUUAGUGCUCAGAUAUUGGAGUUCUGUGAUCCUGAUUUCUUGGAAACCCUGCAAAACUCUGAAGUCACUUCAAGCUCAAACUGUUGCUAUGAGGAGAAUUCUCCUUACACAACUAAUCUUGCAUUACCACCUGAUAUAGAAAAGUUCAACAGUUGCCAAGAUAAUAAUUGCAAUAAUACUAGCACCACAACUCCAACAACUACCAGCACUACCACCACGGCCACUACUACUACUAGCACCACCACCACUGCAGCUGCACAUGCAAACAACAACAUCAGUUGCAGCAAUAAUAACAAUCUGUCAAUAAUUUUUGAUUCACAAGAUGAGCUUGACAACGAAAUUUCUGCUUCUAUAGACUUUUCCUCAUCUCCUACGUUUUCUAUCCCUCAAUUUAUCAAUACUGAUCAGCAAGACCACCAAUUUGAUUUCUCGUCUGUGCAACCUCAACUCUCAGUUUCAUUAACUGAUAUGGUUACUGCAGAUGGGCUAACUCAGUACCCUUCUGAUUCUAUUGCUCCACUUUUGGUGGGGCCUCCAUUACCAUCAGUUUUUGAAGAAGAUUGUUUGUCUUCAGUUCCUUCUUAUGUAACUUUAAACCCUUCUUCUCCUUCUUGUUCAUUUCUUGGUCCUGCUAUUAGCACAUACAUGUCCACUGCUGGGACUAUGACUUCUGCAUUAUCUGCUGAUAAUUCUGGAAUUUUUACUAGUGGUAUUCUUGUUGGAUCUGAAUUGCAACCACAAGAAUUGGAAUAUCAAGGUGAUAGCGGUCCAAUUUAUUGCCCUGAUUCUAUCUUUAAACCUGGAGACCUACAGGCACUUAGCAAUGAGACUCAACAGUUUGUGAGUGGAACUGGGAGUUCUACUCCUUUAACAUCCGAGAUUUCAAGUUUGGAAGAUUCUGCUUUUAAAGUAGGCAAACUCUCUGUUGAGCAGAGGAAGGAAAAGAUUCAUAGGUACAUGAAGAAAAGAAAUGAAAGGAAUUUCAGCAAGAAAAUCAAGUAUGCAUGUCGUAAAACACUGGCAGAUAGCCGGCCUCGAGUCAGAGGAAGGUUCGCAAAGAAUGAUGACUUUGGAGAGAAUAAUAGGGCUGUGUGCAGCAAUCAAGAAGAUGAUGAUGAAGAUGAAAUAAUAGUGAAAGAUGAAGAAGACAUGGUGGAUUCAGCAGAUAUUUUUGCUCAUAUCAGUGGUGUAAACUCCUUCAAAUGCAACUAUUCGAUCCAGUCUUGGAUUUAAUUAGCUUUUUGAGGGCAUUAAAACAUCUCUACAAUUUUGCAGAUGGCCCUAUUUCACCCAGGAUUUACGUCUAUCUGUCUAUCUAUCCUGGUUUAAUAUUACAAAGUAGAAUAAAUCGGGUCAUUUAAUAUACAUAUAUAUUAUGUAUUAAUGCAGUCAGGAUAAUCUAGAAACGUGCAAUAACAAUGUAAUUUUUGUAGAUACUCCCCAUCCCUUUAUUAAGAUCCCAUAUACAAUCUGUACAAUCCUGUGUUGUAUCUUAUUGCUGGGCAGGAGUACUAGUUGCAACAUGUCUAUAAUAGUUUGUUUCUGUUUAUUGUUUUGUGUGACUUGUAUCUCAGACAAUCUGAAAUAUAGUUGAUGAUGACUUUACCACAAACUUCUUUGGAAUCACAUUCAGAACUUUCUUUUUUC